AUGCAGUGUUCUCACUACAAACAUUUUCGCGCCAUAAUUUAUUACAACUUUCAGAGACAAUUAUCGCAACAAGAAUGCCUUGCUGAGUUACUGUCUGUUUUCGGCAACGAAGCGCCACAUCAGUCGACAAUUUCCAGUUGGUAUGGAAAAUUCAAACGUGGACGGGUGAGUCUUAGUGACAAUUCCAGGAUGGGUGUACCAAAAAGGGCAGUCACCCAGGAAAACGUCGAUGCUGUGCGCAAACUCAUCAUUGAAGAAAUAGGAGUAAGAAAAUUAGUUUCUCGUUGGAUACCCCACCUGUUGACUGAAGAGCAGAAAGCAGCCAAGGUUAAUUGGUGUCAAAAAACGCUUGACCGUUUCAAUUCCGGAAACUCAAAAGAUUCGGCUGUCUGGGAGUUCCAAGGUGAAGAAAAGCCAACAAAAAUGGUCGCGACAUUUGUGUCAAAAGCGGGCCAUCUUGCAACAAUUCGUCUUAAUGAGCAAAUAACUCUUCGAAAAAUCAACCCCGAAAGAAGAAUCAUCCUCCACCAAGACAAUGCAAGCUCGCACACAGCCCAAAAAACAAGGCAGUAUUUAACGGAAGAAAACGUGGAAUUAUUGGACCAUCCUCCAUAUAGUCCCGAUCUAAGUCCUAACGAUUUCUUUACUUUCCCGAAAAUUAAAAAUAGACUGCGUGAAGAAGCAGUUGACGCAUUCAAAAAUGCCGUUUUCGAUCUGCCAACAAACGAAUGGAAUAAGUGCUUCGAAAAUUGGUUCGAGCGCAUGCAGAUGUGUAUUAAUCUUCGUGGAGAAUACUUCGAAAAACAAUAA